GCGGUUCCAGCGGGGCGGAGUCAGCGUCUCAAAGCGGCCGUCACUUCCGGUUCUCUGUCAGUCGCGAGCGAGCGAGCAGGAGGCUGUGGCGCGCCGCAGUGGAGCAAUGCCUAAAUCAAAGGAACUUGUUUCUUCAAGCUCUUCCGGCAGUGAUUCUGACAGUGAAGUUGACAAAAAGUUAAAGAGGAAAAAGCAAGUUGCUCCAGAAAAACCUGUAAAGAAGCAAAAGACUGGUGAAACUUCUAGAGCUCUGUCAUCUUCUAAGCAGAGCAGCAGCAGCAGAGAUGAUAACAUGUUUCAGAUUGGGAAAAUGAGAUAUGUCAGUGUUCGGGACUUUAAAGGGAAAGUUCUAAUUGAUAUUAGAGAAUAUUGGAUGGAUCCAGAAGGUGAAAUGAAACCAGGAAGAAAAGGUAUUUCUUUAAAUCCGGAGCAGUGGAGCCAGCUGAAGGAGCAGAUUUCUGACAUUGAUGAUGCAGUAAGAAAACUGUAGAAUCUGAGCCAUAAAAACCUGUACUGUUCUAGUUGUUUUACUCUGUCUUUUUACAUUGGCUUUUGUUUUUCUAAACGUUGUUUUCCAAGCUGUUGUAUAUUUCGAUUGCAGAACAAUUUGUAAGAUGAAUACUUUUUUUUAAUGUGCGUUAUUAAAAAUGUUCUCAGUGAAGCUAAUUGUCAACUUUAUUAAGGAGGAUUGCUUUGUGUCCACUCCCUAGUGUAAAAUAAAAUCAAGUAAUUCCAAUCGUUUAACUGUUGUGGCCUUUUUUGAUCAGAAGACUAGGUACUGUUUAAGGCCCAGAGUAACAGCAAUUUUAUAGACCUAUUAGUUUUAACUCAGCUUUUACUUUGAAGAGGAUGUGUGUUGCAAUGAGUUUUUAAACUUUUGAUUCAUGAAAUCCAUACUUGAUCUCUUCCCUUCCAACCAGUUGUAUAAAUUUAUCUGACUUUUGCACCUCAUUGUUUGACUUUCCUGUUUUCAUUUUACUCUAUAUUAUUUUCCUUAAAUGUGUUAUGCUAAGUUGGAAAGUUCAGUGAAACUGUCAAAAUGUUAUCUCAAUAAGGUACUUAGAGUCAGAUUAUAUAAGAACUACAAUCACUAACUACUGUAUUAAAAUUAUUAGCAGGUAUAGAUUGAUAACAUGUCUUGUAUGAAAACUUUGAGCAAGUGUAUGUCAUUAUCCAUAGUGUUCUGUGUAGUUAUUGCUUAGUCUACAAAAAAUAAGGACUUAGAUGUCUGAAUAGCUUUCACUUAGUAAACAUGUAUUACCAUGGGAUGGUGUCUAUAAAAUCAGAUAUUGUUAAACUAGACUAGGAUUUAAUAAACAUUGUGAAAGCUUACUGGCCUAACAUUUUAUUUUAUAACAUUAAAUAUGGGUUAUAUAGCCAGAGAUAUUGGUGAGCUUUACUGUCAUAGUAGGUAAUGUGGUCAGUUUUUAGGGGUAAGAGGAUAUUAUAUGUAGGUUUUUUGGCUUUUGCUUCAGUAAAGUUGGUUAUUUUGCAUCUAAUCUACUGGGCAAUGGUUUUCUAGAUUUGAUAUUAGUUUUAAUACACUUUUAGGUGCUUUUCAUUUUUACUAUAAUGAUGAAACAUGGAUGUGAGGCACAGAUUACAGGGGCUUUGCAGCAAUAAAUAGGGCGUGGUGUGCUUUAGGAAAAGAAUGUUAAGGAAACUGAUACUCAAAUUAAGGAGGGUGGCAUAUGGAAAAGAAAGAAUUUUAUCCAAACUAAAUGAUAUACAUAGGCUAUUUUGAGAUUCUGAUCACACUGAUGGGACAUAAUUAGAGGUAGAAGAGUAAAGAUAGGUUUAAAGAGUUAAAAAAUUAUUAUUGACAAAUUAUGGUAGCAAAUCUCAAAUGAUUACUGCCAUUAAGGGCUACCAUAUAAGAGAAUUGCACUAUUCUGUUACCAGGUUUGAUUCCUAUGUUUAAAACAUUUUGUAGUAGAACUGACAAGAACUUAGUUUUAAAAUCAGCUACCAAGCCACAUAUACUGGUAGUGGCCUUUCUCUUUUUCUUGUUUCCUGGUAGCUUUUCUGUUGUAUUUUAGCUUCUUUAGAUGAAUUUUAGUGUAUUUUGCAGUAACCUUAAUUAAGGUGCAAUUUAGUAAAAUAGGAAAUCUCUUUUCUUGUAGUUUAUUUGUUAUCAGAUUAUCAGUGUUCAGAAUACUGUAUGUGUUUUAGACAAAUCAUCAAUGAUUCCUCUCCCCCCCUUAUUUGGGAACAUAUAUGUCCUGUUAAUUGGAUAUUUUUGUAAAAUACUUAUUUUUGGCAUUCAGAAAGGGUAGUUAGAACAUAGAAUUUUGAUUUUGGUGUAGAUGAAGAGGAUGGAUAAAUUUCCUAGGUUUAUAUGAAUUUUGAGAUGUAUGCAUUUUGAAAUAAUCUGCCUAUACAGAGAUGGUGCUGCAAUUUAUUACCUUGGCACUUACUAGCUGUUUAGCCUAAUAAACACUUCAAAUAAGGAGUAUUUUCUGUAGCAGUUUGGUAAAUUGACUGCUAAAUACAUUUUAUUAUGUUACUCGAUAAGAUAUACCAAAAAUUUUAGUCUUUGUAUACUUAUUAAAAAAGACAACUGGGUUAAAAGAAAGGAUACCAAUUUAUAUUGAAAAGAAAUGAUAGAGUACAUUAAUUUCUGUUUAAACUUUACUCCUUAGUAAGAUUUCUCCCAGGAAGAAAUUUAAUUGAUAUCAGUACUCAGGUUUUGCCCUUUAUAUAUAGCAGGGCUUUCUAAUGGGAUUUUCUGCUUUAUCUUUGAAGUAUGAGCAGUAUUGGGCCAAUUUCCAGCAUUCUUGGCAUUUUAUUUAAAGAACCACUGAAAAAAAAACUUUAUAUAAUUUGAUUAUUCUUAUUUGUUUUGCUUCAUAAAUGCCUAAAAACUUCUGAAGAAUACUCCUACCUCAUUAUUAGCUAGUUAAGAUGCUGUGAUGAUCAAUCUAAUUUGUGUAAUAUGCAUAGAAACAAAGACUUGGGAGUAUAAAUGAAGGUUCAUCCUGGCUUGUCUACUGAGGGAAAAAAAGAAUUGAGUAUUGAUUUUGGGAGUGUUCCUGACAGGUAUGUUAGCAGAGUACUAUCAAAGUCUGAAAUUGAAAACAAACUGCUGACUAAUAUUUAGGUAUAUUUCCUGAAAUUCUUUUUGUUUCUCUUUUUAUGGAAAUUAGUACAAUGAAACACUAAAAAGUUUUUUUUUAAAGGUGUUUUCCCACAUAAACUGUAGUGUAAACAUG